UCUGAUGAUUCUCUAACAUAGGUUUAUCAGCUCAUGGCACAACAUCAGUAACAUCUGCUAAUAUUUUGUAACAUCUGUAUCUCGCAGCUUCCGCAGCGUCGAAUGAAUCAUCAUGUUGUGUCGCAACAUCUUGAAGACGUGUGCUGCUUUCAAUAACUCAUCCAUAUCUACCUAUGUGCAAUGUUUGACGAUUAAUGGUCCCAACUUUGUCACGUUGAGAUGUCCAAUGCGACGGUCGUUCAGUUCGAACACACGUGUAUGUACGAUCGGCGAUGUUAUUGAUCAAUGGAGUCACCGAUUCGAGAACGAAGGCAUAACGGAGCCGGUGGAAUCGAUAGAACACAUAGUUGCGCACAUUAUAGGAACUAAGAAGAUAAUCGAUAUUUUGAACGUCAGAAAUGACCGACUCAACGAGAGCCAGAUCGAAAAAUUGGAGUCGUUGUGCCAAUGUCGAUUAUCGAGAAUGCCAGUUCAGUACAUUAUCGGCGAAUGGGAUUUUCGGGACAUUACUGUGAAACUCGUGCCACCGAUUUUCAUUCCUCGCCCGGAGACAGAAAUACUAGUAGAUUUUGUAUUGAAGAGACUGAAUUCGUCGCAACUCGAUAGUUGCGAAAUCCUGGAAAUCGGUUGCGGCUCAGGUGCAAUAUCAUUGGCUCUCGCUCACGCUUGUAAAAAGAUUAAAUGCACAGCGAUUGACACGAGUCCUUACGCAUGCGAUUUAACCGUGAUAAAUCGGAACAACUUGAACUUGGCGAAUCAAAUCACAGUCAUACAUGCAACUCUAAAGUCGGACGCAACUGUUGAAGUUUCGAAGAACUUGGACGAUGCCAGUGAUGUAGAUCUGAUUAAAUUGUUCGAUUUUGUAGUCAGUAAUCCGCCUUACGUGCCGACGAAAAAUAUACCAAAACUGCAAUCCGAGAUAAAGAUUUACGAGGAUCUCAGGGCGUUGGAUGGCGGAGACGAUGGACUAAAAGUGAUCAAACCGCUCUUAAAAUACACUGCCAAAGUAUUAAAACCUGGCGGACGUCUCUUUCUGGAGGUUGAUCCCAUUCAUCCCGAAUAUAUACAAUUUUUCACAAAUAAAUAUCCUGAUUUCAAGCUCCAUCACGAACACACGUACAAAGAUUUUUGUAAUAAUGAUCGUUUUGUAGAAAUAGUAAAGACUGCCUAAAGACACGACUUGUGAUAUUAUAUUCAUGUUUCUUAUUCCGAUUAAAAUAAUUUUAUAUAA